AGUUCUCUUCUCCUUAUAGCUAGCAAUCUUGCCGAUGUAAGAGACGGCGCGCUGACUAUUUUCACUAGGUCGCGCUUUGCAAUGCGCAAUUAUUGCGGAACACCGGAUAUAUGCCUAGCGACCUUUUGUAGCGAAGACGGCCUACACUAAAAAGCUAUUUAAAUAACUUCUUAGGCUAAAGGCGGCUGGAUCAAAGCCUCUCAAAGCAGCUAGCUUUAUGCAAAGACGGCACAAGACGCAGAUCAAAUUAGCCUGUGUUUAUUGUGUGCAGUGAUCAUAGCGAGGAUGACAAUGGAAAUCCCCAGGGUUCUAGAGGUUAUUUCUAGUUAGAGAUAUAGGUCAAUAAAGAAACCUCGUUGCAGAGAACAAGCUGUUAGCUGUUGAUCGAUUGACGACCACCCUAUGAAGCAGUAAAAAUAAAGGCCAAAUACUAUACGCGGAUUCACCCCGACUCACAACGUUUUAUUCUUCGAAGUUGCUAAAUGCGCACGGCAUAACAAAAACAAUAUUUGCGGACUUCAUUACAUCAUUAAAUAUAGAGACGGAGAAAUUAAAAAAAGUAAUAUAUGGCCUCCAUUUUUUCCGCUAAUACGGUCAAUCUUCUUUCGAUGUAAACGGUGUAAAAAUUCAGGACUAAUUAUGAUUAUGAUGAUGAUGAUGAGGAGGAGAAGGAGGAGGAGGAUAUAUAAGGUUUAUUGACGCAAGGGUAAGGUACGAGCCACUUUCCAAAGAUUAUAAUUUACUUAGCUUAAACUGAUUUGAUGCACACCUCUAAAGUACGGCAACGGCAACUAAAGCAACUUAGCCACGAUAACAGCUCGAGCAUCUCGAGGAGUAAAAUUUAUAUAUCGCGCAGAGAAAAUACAUCAACCAUUCCUCACAUAUAGUCUGAGGCCAACGAAACGCUGCGCGCACCACGGCCUCACAUUUUACAUGCUAUGAGAAAGGCAAUUCGCAGUUUCAUACCGCAAAGCAAACACAGAAGAAGAAAGAAGAGAAGGAUAUAAAAAAAAGAAAAAAAAGCAGGCUGCGUAGACGCGCCGAGCUCUCGCUAAAAUGUGACGCACGAGCGCCAAAUAUCCCAAGGUAAGCGUAGGAAAUUUCACUGUUCCACUGUAUAUGCCCCACCUAAAGCCGGCGAAAUAGGAGGCUCUGUAAACACACGUAUCUCCUUGGCGCAGGCAAAAAAGAAGACGCUACAUACUGCCGGUGGAAAAUCGUUGUCUCCUUUCAGUGCGACGGUCUCGAUACAUUAUUGGGAGGGAUAGAGUAAAUAAUAACACGCGUGAAUCUGUGAGCCCGAGCGGCGAAAUCUGCUUGUACAGGCGAGUCUCAAUAUAUACAGCUGCGAGCCGUGCAAAGCCGGCGCUGAGAGGCGACGAGAAAGACGAAAACUGACGGGGGGCUUGAACAAAGUGCAGCGAGCGGCCGCGACAUCAGCGGCACCGUUGAAGUGCUUUCGGGAGGCGAAAACAACUUAGGCUGAGACGCAGGAGGCCGCCUGCCCCCCAACUCGACGCCAAGGCUGAGACCGCGAGGCGCACCCCGGCUGACAGGAAACCUGCCGUGAGAAAGCGGAAAGGCCAGUGGUGUCCAACUACUUGUGCGCCGCUUUAUUUUUGGCGCUACGCCCACCAUGCAGCAAGCCCAGGACGGCAGGUCGCCGUCGCCAAACUAUGACGGUCUGAGCAGCACGGAUAAUCUGCUCCCGGACAGGCGGCACAGUCAACGCGCCGCACCUUGGUCGGCGAGGAUCUACCGACUGAUCGGCUCUCCCAACACUGCCGGCAAAGAGGAGUUAGUCGUCAUCGGCCUCCUGGCCUUCAUGCUACUGGCUGGUGUCAUCGUCGGUGCGGCAAUGCUGCCGAAAGAUUCAGAGCACGGACGAAUGGCGGCGUUGAAGGUCAAGUACAACAUCCCCAGCGGUUACGUAAUGACGACGACGACCACCACGACCACAAAGAACGCGGCAACGACCAAGACACGAGAUCACAAGCCACCAAAUCAGAAAGUGGCAGCAAAGAGGGCCGAAGAAGACCAUGAGACGGACGACGCCGAAGAGACGACGACUCCUACAGUGGAAGAACAAAACGAAAGCGACUCGAAGAAACAAGGCAAAGCCCGCCGAAAGCCGACAACUAUUAACAAGUCCGCGCGCACACCAAAGCGACAUGCGGAGGCACCAGUUUAGCAGAUGCAGAUGACCCUGCAUUCGUUGUGUUCGAGCACACGUUCUACGGGGAUAAAACCCGCAUGCAGUGGUUUCA